AUGGUCAAACUCCCGGUCCGGUUCGGCGCACGUCUCCCGAAGUGCUGCGAGACUCCCACCAUCGCCGCUUACCCGGCAGCCCAGAGGGCCUGGAGGAGUGCGGGUGCUUCUACUUGCGCGAGUACUCGUACACACUACCUGUACAGAUGCAGACGCAGCAUCCCCCGCGCGCAUAUUCCUCGAGGUUAUAGAAGUAUCGCUACUCGCACUACAGACACAAGUGCUGGAAGUUCUAUGCAGCAGCAAACAGACGCUGGGUGGAGCAGAGAGGCCAUAGACGAGGCCAUUGGCAGCGGGUCUCUCGACCAUCUUCUUCAUUGGAUCGGUACAACGGAGAGAUACAACGCAGCAGUUAAAGCUCGCGAUAUCCUCAUUGCGCGCGCUCAAGACCCAUUAGUCAUCCAAGGCAUCAUCUCAGUCCUGUCCGAGCCCGUCAAAUCUAGUAAUGACUUCUGCACUGCCUGCGCCGGUCUCCGCAUAGUCAGGGACCUUCCCCUCGCAACACUGCGACUCUACAGGUCUGGCCUGGAGACUCUGGCUGCCAGCACCGAAGACAGUCCUCCAGGGGUUUCACUACCGUCUUUGAGGAGCGGAGCCGAAGAUGCAAUCCAGUUCAUCGACUCCCCCGAGCUGGCAUGGGCGCCUCAGUACAAGACGGACUACAUGGCAGAGCGAAGCCUCGCGGAGAGAGUCCACACGGCGCAGCAGAUGAAGCCCUAUGCCAUGGAUCUGCUCGGCUGGCUUGCCGACCUCAACUGGCCGCCCUACUUGGGCUGCGUGAAGCAGCUUGCUCGCUUUCCCGAAGUGGCAGUUGACCCGAUCAAGGAGAUCAUCGCAGACAACCGAGAUGAUCCAGAGUGGCUGCUGCAUAUUCUCUAUUUUGUAGAGGACAGUGUGCCUAUUGGUGUGCUGUGGGAAAAGCUGGAGCCGGAGCUAUCGUUGCUGGCCAGCAGCGAGGCAGAGGACAAAUUGAAUCGUGAUCUUGCCGAAGUCGCCCAAAGCAUGCUUGGGCUGCUGAGUGAAUGGAAAAAAGAACAGGUUGGUAACGAAUAA